GAGCUUGCUGACACACUGGAGAAAAGUAAAACUCUUCUGAGGUUCCAAAAAGAAAUGAAGACUAAACUGAAAAAGAGGUAUCAAAUCCUGUGUGAAGGAAUUGGACAGCAUGAAAACCAAACUCUUUUAAAGGACAUCUACACAGAGCUCUACAUCACAGAGGGUGGAAGUAAAGGAGUUAAUGAAGAACAUGAAGUCAGACAGAUCGAGAUGGCGUCCAAGAGACAAACAAGACCGGAGACACCAAUCACUUGCAAUGACAUCUUCAAGCCAGUUCAUCAACAUCAGAAAAAGAAAGGUUUGAGAAACUUGACUAAAGGAAUCGCUGGCAUCGGAAAAACAGUUUGUGUGCAGAAGGUCAUCCUUGACUGGGCAGAGGGAAAAGUCAAUCAGGACAUUAAUUUUAUAUUUCCUCUUCCGUUCCGGGAUUUAAACAUGAAAAAGGACCAAUGUAGUCUAAUGCAACUUCUUACCCACUACUUCCCAGAUCUAAAAGAGAUUGAUAGUAUUGAAGAUGGUUUAACAAAAACAGUUUUUAUUUUUGAUGGUCUGGAUGAGUGUCGACUUCCUCUAGACUUUAAAAACAAUAAGAAGUGCUGUGAUGUCACAGAACCAACCUCAGUGGACGUGUUGCUGACAAACCUUAUCGAGGGGAAUCUGCUUCCCUCUGCUCUCCUCUGGAUAACCACACGACCUGCAGCAGCCAAUCAGAUCCCUCCUGAGUGUGUUGACCAAGUCACAGAGAUACGAGGGUUCAAUGAGCCACAGAAAGAGGAGUACUUCAGGAAGAAAAUCACAGACCAGAAUCUGGCCAAUGAAAUCAUCAAGCACAUAAAAACAUCAAGGAGCCUCCACAUCAUGUGUCACAUACCAGUCUUCUGUUGGAUAUCAGUCACUGUCCUUGAGUCGAUGCUGAAAGUAGCAGAGAAAGAUAAAAUCCCCAAAACUCUGACUCAGAUGUACGAACACUUCCUGCUCAUCCAAACCAGAAUGAAAAACAAAAAGUACAACAAAUCCACAGAAACAAAUCCAAAGAAACUGUCUCAGUUAGACAAAGACAUGAUCCUGAAGUUGUCAAAGCUGGCUUUCCAACAGCUUCAGAAGGGCAACCUGAUCUUCUAUGAGGAGGACCUGAGAGAGUGUGGCAUUGAUGUCUCAGAGGCAUCCGAGUACUCAACACUGUGUACAGAGAUCUUUAAAGAAGAAUCUGGGCUUUACCAAGAGAAAGUCUUUAGCUUUGUUCAUCUGAGCAUUCAGGAGUUCCUAGCAGCAGUACAUGCUCUAGAAUCUUGUCUGGGCAAGAAGGAACAUGUCUUCCCCCCCACUCAGAACCCAUAUCGGGGAGCAAACAGGUUAUCUGAAUUGUACAGAACAGCAGUAGACCAGGCCUUGAAGAGUAAGAAUGGACACCUGGACCUGUUCCUCCGCUUCCUUAUGGGUCUCUCACUAAAGUCCAAUCAGAAUCUCUUACGAGGCCUUCUGACACAGACACAAAGUAGAACACAGAGUAAUAAGAAAAGAGUUAACAGAACAGUAGAGUACCUGUCAGAUUUAAUCAAGAAAGAAUCCUCACCAGAGAGGAUCAUCAACUUGUUCCACUGUCUGAAUGAACUUGGUACCAACUCUUUAGUUGAAGAGAUUCAAAUCUCCCUCCGAUCAGGGACUCUUUCAGAUAUAGAACUACAACCUCACCAAUGUUCAGCUCUGGCCUACCUGUUACUGAUGUCAGAGGAGGUACUGGAGAAGUUUGACAUGAAGACAUACAAGACAUUAAAGGAAGGAUAUCGGAGGUUGCUGCCGGUAGUGAAAACCUGUAAGAGAGCAAUGCUGUCAUUCUGUGGAGUCACAGAGGAAGGCUGUGAUUGGCUGGCCUCAGCUCUGAUGUCAAACUCCUGUCACCUAAGAGAGCUUGACCUGAGUAACAAUGACCUUGGGAAUUCAGGAGUGAAGCGUCUCGCUUCUGGACUGGGAAAUCCACAUUGUAAACUGGAAACACUGAGGCUGUCAUUCUGUGGAGUCACAGAGGAAGGCUGUGAUUGGCUGGCCUCAGCUCUGAUGUCAAACUCCUGUCACCUAAGAGAGCUUGACCUGAGUAACAAUGACCUGGGGAAUUCAGGAGUGAAGCGUCUCUCUUCUGGACUGGGAAAUCCACAUUGUAAACUGGAAACACUGAGGUUGUCAGGCUGUCUGGUCACAGAGGAAUGCUGUGCUUCUCUGGUCUCAGCUCUGAAGUCAAACCCCUCACACCUGAAAAAACUGGAUCUUAGCUACAAUCACCCAGGAGACUCAGGAGUCAGACUGCUCUCUGCUGGACUGGAGGAUCCACACUGGAGACUGGAGAAACUCAAUAUGGAUCAUGGUGGAGAGUGGAGGUUGAAAUCAGGACUGAAGAAAUAUGUCUGUGAUCUGACACUGGACCCAAACACAGUAAACGGAUUCCUCCGUCUGUCUGAGGAGAACAGAAAGGUGACAAGGAGGACAGUGGUGCAGCUGUAUCCUGAUCACCCAGAGAGAUUUGAGUACUAUCCACAGGUGUUGUGUAGAGAGGAUCUGUCUGGACGCUGUUACUGGGAGGUAGAGUGGAGUGGGGGAGGGGCUGAUAUAGGAGUGACUUAUAAAGGAAUCAACAGGAGAGGAGGUGUUGACUGUUGUCUUGGAGACAAUGACAAGUCCUGGAUUCUGAACUGUUAUGGUGACAGUUACUCUGCCUGUCACAAUAACAAUACAACUGACAUACCUGUCACCUCCUCAGACUCCCAUAGAGUAGGAGUGUAUCUGGACUGGUCAGCCGGCACUCUCUCCUUCUACAGGGUCUCCUCUGACACACUGACCCACCUGUACACAUUCAACACCACAUUUACUGAGCCCCUCUAUCCAGGGUUUAGGGUUGAUUAUUAUGACUCCUCAGUGUCUCUGUGUCUGAUGGUCCCUGUGUCAAACACAACAUGAUGUUUCACUAUAAUCAUGGUCAUGUUUAGUAGGACACAACA